AUGCUCCCGCCAAAAGCAAAGUUCGUCCGCGAGAUCGAGCGCGGACGGCACGACAAGACCGCCCGUCCGUUCCCCGCGCCGAAGCCCCACUGUACCUUCGGCUCGCCCCCGCCCCCGGACACGACCUACUUCGCCCGCGUCCUCCGCCGCUGUCGACACGACGACCACAAUGACGACUCCUACCCUUACGCGCCGACGUUGCCCAUCUACGAAAAGGAGUCCGACACCGCGAGCCUCUUCACGGUGCGCCGCGGGGGCGUCUACACGGAACGCCGGGGUUCCCGGGGUUACGCCGGCUCCGGGAGGUGGAGCCUCAGCAGUUACGGGUCCUUCGACGUCGCCAGGUACCGUCGAGACCUCGCGGCGGCGACGGCGAGGCGGCGGCGGUGGUUAACUUUUCUCGCGUUCGCGCUCGCGGGGCUGGUCCUCAUCUUCGGGGCGGGCGUCCUGGCGUUUGUCCUCAUGUCGGUCCCGAGAGGGGAAUGA